UUCACGCUCCCCUCUGUUGCUAAGCGCGCGGCGGAGCGCUCGAGCGUCCAUCAGGCAGUCUCUCCGCCGCCUCUCGCGCCGUGCGAAGGCCCAUCAGAGGAGGCUUUGAGCCGCUGUAAUGCGGACGGACUCGCUGACACAGCGCACUUUUCCGUCGCUCCCCUUCUGCCUCAGUCUGCCGUGCUGAAGAUGGUAGUAGCCGGCUAAUUCCAACUUCGGACCGCUUUGUUUCCCCUUCUGCGAAGCGCACUUCAUCGGUGACCCUGUGAUGACGGAAGUGGAGCCCGUGCUGGACUUCGCCUCUUCGGGCCGCUCUGGGAGGAGAAAUGCUCUUCCGGACAUCCUCGGAUCUCCAGCGGGAGUAAAUCCUGGCGACCUGCCUCUAAAGCUGGCCGAGCUAUCGCUCGAAGAUGGCCCGGGAGGAGCCCAGUCACCCACGGCGGAGGGGCCUCCCGCGCCGCCGGAGGGCUCGGAGGAGAAAACUGGAUCGUAGAAGCGUGCUUAUUUAACUCCCCGAAGACGAUGCAGAGGCCACCUGAGAGGAGGGGGAAGGAGCGAGGCAGGGAGCGGCCUGUGGAAGGAGGAACGAGGAUCCGUGGCGUGUUUGUCUGCGUUGCGGAGCAGCAGAACCGCGGGGGGAGAGAGAGACGGAGGGGUUCCCGGGCAGACCGAAGCCAGGAGCUUCGGACUGUUUAACAUUUCGCACUGUCUGAAAAGAUUCAGCCGACACCUUGUUCUCAACCUGUUGGUGUUUAUCUGUGCAAAGGUGGCGCCGUACAACCACCCAGAACACAACACAGAUUUAAAGGGACUAUAAGAGAUUGCACUCUGUACAUUCCUAUUUUUGUAUGAUUUAGUUAUAAACUAAGGAACUCGUAACUUUAACUUCUGACGAUUUGCUUUUUCUUCUUCUUCUUCUUCUUUUUGUAACGCUGUCUGUCUGUUCGGCUUUCACAGGAGGAUUUGACAGCUCUGAAGCUUUUUGACCUCCAUCAGUGCAACCUGAUGCGUAACAUGAGUGAGUUUAGGAACUGGUCCUGUUGUCCUGCUCAGACAUGCUCCAACUCUUCAUGUGGAUGUUCUGCCGUCUGUAUCUGAAGCUGGGCUGUGGUACGCUGCAGUUGUACAGUUUUUCACCAGCUAGACUGUUUAAAACAUGACCAGCCCACAUGCUGAAGUGUAAUUGCUUAAGUGGAGAAAAAAAAUCCAGUGUGAUUUCCACAUCUUGAGACAUUCCUCUAGACAUCGCCCAAUGAUGGCCCGUGCUGUUUCAUAAUAUUGCCGGCGUUACAAUAGCAAUUCAAAAUUUCUUUUGAAUUUUGACGACGGCUGCUUUCCAGAUCUGCGAAAGUUUGUGCCUAGUGGCGAUUUAGCUGUAAAGUACUGUUAUCUUCUCACCUUGGGCUACUGGUAUCUCCUCAGAUUUAACUGGAGGUCCGUCUUUACUACUCGGGGCUCACAUGGACCUGGUCUGUAAAAUUUCUCAGUUCUCUGUCCUCUGUCCUCUGUCCCGACUGCAGCAGGCCCCUGCUGCAACGCGACGCGUUCCACGCGCAUGGCGCUCGCCUUCUGCCUCCACACCCAGAGGAAAGUCUGUUCGCGGCCAUCAGCACAUACGGCGAGCUGUGAAUUGGCCGCAAACAGAGCACCCCGCCUCGCCAGCUCAGCGCUACUGUAUAUAAACUGUACUGUAGUAUAAUUCACACGUCAUCCGUCGCCGCGUGUGGCUGCUAGACUGCAACCACAAAGACGUGCUGUUCUGUAAUCGUCUCUAUUGGACCGUGUGUUGCCGGUGGCCGUGUGUCUUUGUGUGGAUGUUGUCUCAGUAACUGCGGCGAGGGAGGCCUCGCACGCUGCUCUGUUUCAGACGCCGCGAUCCCGGCGAGGCGGAUUUCACGGAGCGCUGUCGCCCGGCACUAUGAACCAGAGGUGUAUUUCGUAUUGUCCUGAUCCAGUGGUGCAUAUGUUCUACUUAGCUGGACUGAAUCCAUGAUGUCGAUUCUAUCUGGUCGUGAAAAUUGCCAUAUUAAACCCACAAGCUUUACACAUU